AUGUCUCAGAGUUCUCCCUCAAAGAAAUCUUCUCCUUCCUCUGAAACAGCAUCAGGUUCUAGGGCACCCAAUGUUGUGAGUGAUCAAGAUGUUGUGUUGGAUGUUGUGCCAUUGAACUCUGUUCCUGCUACCGAUCCUGUUCGUAGUCUACCAAGAAAGAUGCAUGCAAGAAAAUCAACUGGUGGAUCUGUUCCUGAAACUUUUUCUGUUCAAGGUAGAGAGGGUUCUGCUUAUGUUCACAAUGCGAUCGCAGAUGAUCAAGAUGGUCAAGAUGAUGCUAGCAAAGAUCAGGGUGAUGUUGAGACAUCUGCUGAUAACAAUGAUGAGAAGACCCCAGGUGCCAAAGAUGUUGAGACAUCUGAAGCUGUCAAUGUUGAAACAUCUGAUACUAAAGAUGCUGAGAUUCUUGAACCUGAAAAAGCUGAAGAGGUUCCUGUUGCUCCUUCUAAAGAAACCCUUAAUGAAGGCCCUACUGUGCAUGAUGUGGUGAAUCUGGAUGAUCUGGAUGAUUCUAUUGACAUUGCUGAUGAUGAGCUCAUCUCUAGCAUCUCUCAUAGAGUCAAGACUCGUAAGGGCAAACAGGCUUGUGAUCAAGAUUUCUCCAAACCUCAGGUUACUCCUCAAAAGAAGGUCACUAUAAAGAAGGUCAAGAAAGUCCUUGCUGAACCUUCAACCAUUGGGAGCAAGGUUGCUGCGAAGAAAAGGAAGGAAAGAAGUGUUUCUGUCCCUGAAGACGAUGUCUUAAGUGAUGUAAUCACUGGUGGUAAGGUUAAGAAGUGGCCCAUAAAGAGCAAAUUGUCUGCUAGUUCUCUUAAUGUCAGGUAUGCAUUGCUGCACAAAAUUGGUGCUGCUAACUGGGUGCCUACCUAUCACACUUCUACCAUUGCUGUUGGCCUAGGAAGAUUCAUAUAUGCUGUGGGAACCAAGACAAAAUUUGACUAUGGGACUUACAUAUUUGAUCAAACUAUGAGGCAUGUUGGUACCUCUGCUACCAAGCUUCCCAUUGCUUUCCCAUCUCUGAUAUGUGGGAUAAUCCUCAAGCAACACCCUGGAAUUCUGAAAAGUAAAGAUUCUGUGUGUAAGAGGGAGAGUGCUUUGUCUUUUCACUACAAGCUGCUUCAGAGGUCUGAUGACAUGACAUCUGCUGGGACAUCACAACCCAGCAAGUCUGUGAACAAAGCCCUUCUUAUUGCUGAGCUGAAAGAGACUUGUCAAGAGUUGGACAACAGGAAGCUGAAACUUGAAAAGCUCAUCCAAAGUCUUGAGCAGUCUACAGAUGAUGACCUUGCUGGUGAGAGGGAUGGUGACAAUAUGGAUGAAGAUGAAGAGGCUGAGGAAGAGGCUGAGGAUGCUGAGGCUGAGGGUGCUGAAAGUGGGAGUAGUGAUGCUGCUGAAGAGACUAGUAGCUCAAGUGAUGACAAUCCUGAUGGCUCUAGUGAUGAAGACAGUGAUGGGUCUGAUGAUUAG